AUGGAGGUGAAGCUCAAGGACCUUGUCCCAUCGACCAACACCGUGAACACGACGUUCAUCGUGGUCGACAAGGUGACCCGUCCAGCCCAUGGAAACGCGCAUGGCAGGGAGGAGACAUGCCUGUCAGUGGUGGCCGACGAGACGGCGGCGGUGCAUUUCCUGCUAUGGGGCACCGAGUGCGACGCCUUGGAGCCUGGGGACAUCCUGCGGCUCACGAGCGGCAUCUUCUCCUACCAUAGGGGCAACAAGCUCUUCCUGCGGGCGGGUAAGCGAGGACGCACGGAGAAGGUGGGUGAGUUCACCAUGACGUUCAUCGAGACACCCAACAUGAGCGAGGUGAGGUGGGGGCCCGAUCCAGGCGAUCCGAGGAAAAUGGUGCAGGACGCCAUCCUGUCGCCCUGCUCCCAGGUCUUCGAGCCGCUGCACUGA